GACAAGAAGGCUAGAAAGCUCAAUGCAUCUUCCUAUUACUCUGCAUAUCUUAUGUCUUCCAUCCAAAAAGAAUCAACUUAUCAGAUAAAUAACCACCUCAUGAACUAAGAUGAAUCAUGUUCCGGCUUUUGACCUCCUGCUGCUCUUGGCUAAAGACAACAGAAGAGACAUGAAGGAAUGUGACCAUCCCUAUCAUUGGCUUGAACAAUUCAGGCAAAACUGUUCUUGUGGAGGCAUUCCAAAAAUUACUUCCCAGUAAGACAGACCAUUGUAUGAAAUCGGAACUGACUACACUUUUGUUAGAUGAGUAUGAACUUUCCAUCUAUGACCUGAAUGGAGAUCUGAAGGGCUGGGAAGCAUGGCCAAACUACUAUGCACAGGCCCAUGGGCUUGUUUUCGUCCUGGAUUCCAGUGACAUAAGACGCAUGCAGGAAGUGAAGAUCAUCUUAACACAUCUGCUGUCUGAUAAAAGAGUGGCAGGGAAACCCAUCUUACUCUUAGCAAACAAACAAGACAAGAAGAAAGCCCUCAUGCCUUCUGAUAUUAUUGACUAUCUACUUCUAAAGAAGCUAGUGAAAGAGAAUAAGUGCCCAUGCCGAGUGGAGCCAUGUUCAGCCAUCAGAAGCCUUGAAAGAAGAAACCAUCAGCCCAUAGUUGAAGGACUGCGCUGGCUAUUAGCUGUCAUUAAUACUUGCCAACUACCACCUACCUCGAGCAUCUCAAUCUCCAAGAAUAACACAGGCUCUGGAGAAGGAUGCUCAUCACACAGCUUAUCCACCAGAAGAGGAAUGUCAAAGGAGAAAAGACAGCAUCUAGAACAAUGCUCAACAGAAACUAAGCCUCUAAAGUCAAUUCUACAGAAAGAAGGUACAAGAUUACGGCCUAAAAAGAAUAUGUCAGUAACAUUUGCUUUAGAUGAACCCAUGAAAGAAGGUGAAUGUUCUAGGAGAACUAGAGUUUAGAAUACUACAAAGCUUCACUACAACUGAAGGAGUGACUUACAGACUCCAGCUCCAUAUGUUGAUGACAAUAUUUUUGAAGCCAUCAAAUCAGUCCUAUACUCACUGAGAGGCUCAAGAAGAGUGAGAUGGCAUCCACUGAGAAUGAAGACCACCUUGGUAAAAAAGAACAGAGACUUUACAUCUUUGUACCCAGAUGCUGCUGACAAAGCUUGUGGACAAUAAGUCAUGGGUGAUCAACCAAAAUUGAGCCUUAGAAAUACAGGGUUCAUUUAGAAAUACAUAUUUUUUUCUUUAAGGUUCUUGGGCAGAAAAGGAUUGGCAAAAAUAAACAGAACUUCUUUGCUGAGAA